AUGUUUUCAAUAGACGAUUCAGUGACUCAUUAUACCUUAGAAAGACAUCCCCGUAACCGUGCCAUUGUCGACAUUAGGAACAAAAGAACUGGUGAACUUGGGUUUAUCAAAAUUAGACAUCGUCUGGCUAAUUUUUAUGCAGUCUCUCUUAUUGAUCCAAAAACCUUCGAUGUACGGGCAGAAACUCAAGUGAAAAGUGCAGGCGCUCGACUCAAACCGAUUACGUUACAAGGAUAUAAGGAAUCUGUAGCAUUAAAGGAUACAUCUAUUUUUGGUUUUGAAUGGUCUUUUGAAUGGGAGAAUCAGAAAUACAAAUGGUAA